UUUUCACAGGGAGCAUCAAUGAAUCUGAAUCUCAUGGAAUGGGACAAACUCUAGAACAUUAACAAAAAAAUGAUCGACCCUGUUUGCCCCAGACACACUGCAAUCCUUGAAGAGAACCGUGUCUUGUUGACUUUAUUAGAUGGGCCCCACAGGCCAUUUGUGCAUGUCAUACCAAAGCACAAGAAAUACGUUGCUGCAGGGGAUAAAACCAUCACUUUUACCAAAAAUAUUUGGAUAGAACAAGCCGAUGCCAAGGCCAUAUCCCCUAACGAGGAAAUUACGUUGAUGGACUGGGGAAAUGCGAUUGUUAGAGAAAUCAACAAGGACAAAAACGGAAAUGUGACCGAGUUAACCGGGGUUUUGCAUCUUGAGGGAUCGUUUAAGACCGCGAAACUGAAACUCACAUGGUUGCCUGACACUAACGAGCUUGUUCCAUUAACUCUAGUGGAGUUCGGAUACCUAAUCACGAAAAAGAAGAUGAAAAAAGGAGAGGAUUUUAUUCCAGUGUUGAACAGGGAUACAAAGAAAGAGAGGGGUGUUGGGGAUUCGAAUAUGAGAAUACUGAAAGGUGGAGACAUAUUGCAAUUGGAGAGGAAAGGCUACUUCAGAUGCGAUGUUCCUUUCAUAACACCUUUAAACCCCAUUGUUCUCUUUGCUAUUCCAGAUGGCAGGCAAACUGCAACUACCAAAUAAUAAUAAUAAUAAUAACAUUCAUCUGUUAGUUAGUAAACAUGGAUUACAAGAUUUUGGGACUAAUUGUGUUUUCAUUUGAUAUUAUAGUUACCUGCAGUUACUCACUUUUGCUA